AUGACGUUUCAUCAGCCGUUAGUGUUUCUUUUACUACCUUUGAAUCAACCGCAAUUUAUCAGUCUCUCUCUCUCCCUCUCUCUCUUUCUAUCUCUCUCUCUUUCUAUCUCUCUCUCUCCCUCUCUUUCUAUCUCUCUCCUCCUUUUUCUCUCUUUUCUUAGUCUCUCUUGUUUUUAUCUAUAUUUAAUCUUGACUUUUUUCUUUUGUCUACAUCUAUCUAUCUAUCUAUCUAUCUAUCUAUCUAUCUAUCUAUCUAUCUAUCUAUCUUUGUCAGUCUCGUCUUCUUCUAUCUAUCUAUAUCAUCUUUAUUCUUUCUUUCACUUUAUUCGUUCUUAUUCACUUUUCUUUUCUUCUUUCUUUCUUUCUUUCUUUCUUUCUUUCUUUCUAAUUUAUACUUCCCCCCUUUUGAUGCCAUUCACAUCAUCUGAACCUACCAUCUCCCAACCUAACCUAGGACCACGUUUUCUCUCUGCCCACCCAGAUAAAAUUCCGUUAUCUAUCUAUAUUUCUGAGAUCUAUCUAUCUAUCCAUUAUCUAUCCUAUUAUCGUCAUUAUCUAUCUAUCUAUCUAUCUAUCUAUCCAUCUCAUCUUAUCCAUAUUUAUCUAUCUAUCGGCCUUUCAGUAUCUGUCUAUAUUUCUGAGAUCUAUCUAUCUAUUUACAUCUAUCGGACUAUCCUCAUCUUAUCUAUUUAUACAUCUAUCCCAGUCUUUCAUUAUCUAUCUAUAUUUCCAUCUAUCUAUCGAUCUAUUACAUCUAUCGGAUAUUAUCCUCAUCUUCGUCCAUAUUUAUCCAUCGUUCUAUCUAUCUAUCUAUCUAUCUAUGAGAUCCAUCUAUCUAUGUACACUAUUUACAUUAUUCGGUCAUUAUUGUCCUCAUCUUUCUAUCUAUCUAUAGAACUAUCUAUCCUUUCUAUCUAUCUAUAUUUCUGA